AUGUCCCUCUCAAUACCCAACGCCCCCAACGCGGGCCUCUUCAAGCCGGGCUACCAGAACUACGACGCCGAAGAUGGCGCCGUCCUGCGCAACAUCGACGCCUGCAGGACCAUCACCUCCACCGUCCAGACCUCCCUUGGCCCCUUUGGCCGCAACAAGAUCGUUAUCAACCACCUGCAGAAAAUGACACUGACCAACGACGCCGCAACCAUCUUACGCGAACUCGACGUCGUCCACCCGGCCGCAAAACUUCUCGUCAUGGCGUCGCAACAACAGGAAGCAGAGAUGGGCGAUGCGACGAACCUCGUGAUUGUGCUUGCGGGCGAGCUGUUGAAGAAGGCGGAGGAGCUGUUACGCAUGGGGCUGAAGACGAGCGAGAUCGUGAGUGGAUAUGAACGAGCGCAGAGGGUGGCGUUGGAAGCGUUAGAAGAGCUGGAGGUCGAUCAGGUGGAAGACAUUAGGAACCAGGCGCAUCUGGCGAAGGCAUUACGAACAGUAAUCGGUGCGAAGCAGAGCGGCAGCGAAGAGUUGUUGGCAGACAUGGUGGCCGAGGCUGUGUUGGCAGUGAUGCCAAAGAUCCCAAGUCAUUUUAACGUGGACAACAUUCGGGUGGUGAAGAUCAUGGGUGGUUCGUUAGAACAAAGCAAAGUGGUCAAGGGCAUGGUGUUCGGCAGAGAACCAGACGGCACAAUCAAGAAGGCAACGAAGGCCAAAGUCGGCGUCUUCAGCUGUCCCAUCGAUAUCUCGCAGACAGAGACGAAGGGCACGGUAUUGCUGAAGAACAGCAAGGAGCUCUACGACUUCACGAAAGGCGAGGAGAAGCAGAUGGAGAACGCGAUCAAGGAGCUCCACGACUCCGGCAUGCGCGUCGUAGUGGCAGGCACGACGGUCGGCGAGCUGGCCCUGCACUACCUGAAUCGCUUCGGCAUGCUCGUCAUCAAAGUGCUGUCCAAAUUCGAGCUACGCCGGCUCUGCCGAGUCGUGGGCGCAACUCCCCUAGCGAGGUUAGGCGCGCCCAUGCCGGACGAGAUGGGCAACAUUGACAUCGUCGAGACACUAGAGAUUGGCGGCGACCGCGUGACGGUCUUCCGACAAGAGAACGAACAAACCCGGACCGCUACUCUCGUGCUGCGAGGCGCCACACAGAACCAUCUGGAUGAUGUGGAGCGCGCGGUAGAUGACGGCGUCAAUGUCGUCAAAGCCAUCACGCGAGACAGCCGACUCGUGCCCGGUGCUGGCGCCGCGGAGAUGGAGUUGGUGGAGCGGGUGGCGGGUGUGGCGGACAAGACGCCGGGCCUUGCUCAGUACGCGAUGAGGAAGUACGCGGAAGCGUUUGAAGUCGUGCCGCGCGUGUUGGCCGAGAGCGCAGGGUUAGACGCGACAGAAGUCCUCGCGAAGCUGUACACGGCGCACCAUCAGGCUGCCCCUCCAACUACUUCCUCGGCCGCAAAGCCACAGACGAACGGGACUUCGAAACAGCAGCCUAAUGGGGAGGCGGAUGGUGAUGACGAGGAUGAGGAGGAAGACGAGGAGAUCGAUUGCACCGGGGUGGAUAUUGAGAACGCGUCUGGGACUGGCACGCUCGAUGCGGAAGCGGAGGGGAUCCUGGAUUUGAUGGUGACGAAAUCGUGGGCGAUCAAGUUGGCCACAGAGGCGGCGAGGACGGUGUUGAGCGUGGACCAGAUUAUUGUGGCGAGGCAGGCGGGGGGGCCGAAACCGCCAGGGCCGAAUCCGAAUUGGGAUGAGGAUUGA